CUAUCUCUUUCGGUUCCACCUACUAUAGCACCUCUUCAUUUGAGAGAGAGAAAGAAAGAAUUAGAUGGGAGGAUUGAAGCUGGAUAAAUGGGGAUACGAAGUAAACACUUCUUCCGAUGCUUGUAUCGAUACUAUCAAUUCAUACUAUCUUCAGGUUCUAAGCUACGGUAGAGAUCGGUCAGUUAUACUUGAAGCCUCAAGACAUGAUCCGAACUGCGUUUUGGCUAACAUUUUGUCAGCUCAUUUCCUCUGCUCCUCUAAUCCAUCUCUUACUUCAUCACAUCUUAAAGCUGCUAAAUCCCAAUUGGUAGAAGCCACUGCAUAUGAGAAAGCUGUCUACGAUACCAUCAUUUACUUGAUUUCUGACGACAGAGAUGAUGAUACUGCUGUUGCCUUACACUUAAAGUUCAUAAAGGAUUUCCCCAAAGAUCUUAUAUCCCUAAAAAGGGUUCAAAUAAUCUGCUUUUACAUGGGUCGACCUGAUCUCUCUUUGGAUCUUGUCCAACAGGUUCUGCUUGAAAAUCAACAAGAGAAUUACAUUUAUGGCAUGCUUGCCUUUCCUUUACUAGAGCUUGGCAGAAUGGAAGAAGCAGAGAAAGCUGCAAUAAAGGGAUUCGAUAUCAACAAAGAUGACUGUUGGUCGCAGCAUGCUCUAUGCCAUGUCCUUCAGCAUAAGUGUCGUUUUGAAGAAGCUGUGAAGUUUAUGGAGGAAUGCUCUCACUCAUGGAAUUCCUUGUCGUCUUUCAUGUAUACCCAUAAUUGGUGGCAUGUAGCCCUUUGUCACCUUGAAGGACAUUCGCCGAUAAGGGAUGUGAGAGAGAUAUACGAUCGUUAUAUCUGGAAAGAAUUGGAAAGAAAUGAUGCUAUGAAAGCCGAGGUCUAUCUCAAUGCCCUUGGUUUGCUUCUACGAGUAGAACUGCGAGGUAAAAUCGAUUUGUUUGGGGACCGUCUGAAAAUUUUAGCAGGUUGUGUAACCGAUCAAUCUUGCUGGUUUCUGGAGUGGCAUUUGGAUGUGUUGAUAUUAUGGGCUUUGGGCUGUAGUGGAGAAUUGAGUAAAGCAGAGGAUUUGCUAAGUGGUUUGAGAUCGAAAAUUUCUAGGAUGAGUAAGAAGAAGAAAGAGAGAAUGCAAAGUGGAUUGCUGCUUGCAGAAGCUGUCUUUGAGUAUGGAAAAGGUAAUUACAGGCAGGCGGCGAAUUUGUUGGGGCCAGAUUUUGAUGCCAUCAAUUAUAAGAUUAUAGGGGCAUCUGAUGAACAAGUUGAUGUAUUCAAUGAAGUUUGGUACUUUUUAAUGUUGAAUACUGGUCAGGCUUCUAUAGCAACUGAAGCCAUUAAGAAGCGAAUGAAACCGAGGGAAAAUGUUCCAUUCUCGUGGCGCUUGCUGGAAAGAGGCUAUGAGAUGCUUGGAUGCAGACAAGAGGCUGAUGCUGCAAGGGAGAAGGCCAAUUAUUUGGAGAAUGCAUUCUUCAGAAAGUAGCCAAAGUUGGGAAGGUCAAGGAAGUUAUGUAUUGUAUUUACCUCCUUCUUCAAGUGUUCAAAUCCAUUGACUGCUUGCUUGGAAGGUAGGGUUUCAAACUCUCUGUAUGUGUAUGUAUCUAUUAUAUUUUAUACUGUAAUAUAACUAAUUUCUAUUAAAUACAAACAUUGUUUAUAUCAAGUUAUAAAUAU